UGCAGAGACGGCUGCAGAGGGGAGUGGUGGUGGCAGCGCCGUCUCGUGGUGCUUCCUGAGCUGCAUUUAUGGCUCUCAGCUGCUGACUGGCUGACAGACGAGUGAGCGGCUCAGUCUCUGCUCACCGGGGGAGAGAGAGAGAGAGAGAGAGCAACACUCAACGCCAGCAGAUGGUGCGGGAGCAGUAUGUCACCACCACCCAGGGCAGCAGCUCGCCCGGGCCGGUGCCCGACAACGUCUACAAGAUCGGCAUCUACGGCUGGAGGAAGCGCUGCCUCUACCUGUUUGUCCUCCUGCUCAUCAUCAUCCUGGUGGUCAACUUCGCCCUCACCAUCUGGAUCGUCCGGGUGAUGUGGUUCAACACGGGGGGGAUGGGACUCCUACAGGUGAACUCGGAUGGCGUCAAGCUGGACGAGGGCGAGUCGGACUUUCUUUUCCCCGUCUACGCUCAGGAAAUCCACUCCAGAGAAGACGCUUCCCUUCUAGUGCACUCAUCGGAAAAUGUUUCGCUUAACGCCCGCAAUGAAAAUGGUGAUGUCACGGGGAGGAUCUCUGUGGGUCCAACGGAGGCUCAGGGACACACUCGAAAUCUGCUCAUUAACUCCCACAAUGACAACAUGCUGUUCACUGCAGAUGGCGGCCAGACUGUGAUUGGACCGGACAAACUACGAGUCACAGGUCCUGAAGGAGCCCUGUUCCAGCAUUCAGUGGAGGUUCCCCUGCUGAAAUCUGAACCCCUGAAGGACCUAAGGUUGGAGUCUCCUACUCGCUCUCUCACUGUGGAAGCCCCAAAAGGAGUUCAUUUCAAAGCGCUGGCCGGGAACAUCGAAGCCGCUUCCAACAUGGAUAUCGUUCUGCAGUCUACUAUAGGACUGCUGGUGCUGGAUGCCGAGACGGUGCGCAUGCCGAGCUUGCCCCAGAGCGGAGAAGGGGUUUCUGGAAAUGCUCAGGGUCUCUACGAGGUGUGCGCUUGCCCCAGCGGAAAGCUCUUCCUGUCCAAGGCCGGGGUCACCUCCACGUGCGGCGAGGAUCAGGAUUGCUAGAAUGAGCCUGAAGAGGUUUAGGAUUUUCCAUCCCUCAGUAGAUGCAUUGUCUCGGAGGCAAAAAGCACAACUGUUUAUAUUUUAAAAUCUUUAUACCACAGUGGGUCACUGACGUCACAGCUCAGAUCCCACUGACACAUUGAGGCCUGUAAUAAUACAAAUGCCUGCUGGCGUACACGUAGGAGACGUCAUGAAGUGCAGCCUUUUUGAGUUGCAUUUGUGAUCUUCUAAACCAUUCAGCUGAAACGCAUCGUUCCAAAUUUAUCAGCAUCAGAGCUUUGUGAAGAUUCUUUUACACGCACAGUAUCAUGGCUGGGCAAUGAGGAGCUGGUAACAGCUUACAUCCUAUGCAAUAUUAUCUUGUGGUGCAAUAACUAAAUUGACUCGUAUCAAGGGCUUGGAAUAAAACUAAAUAUCUGAAAUCCAGAUAGAAUGUUAUUUUGGUCGAUACGACCCCUCUGGGUCCAAGCCCUCGGUAUGAAUUCUUUUUUAAAUUUUCUUGGUGUUUAGCAUGUUUUUAAUUAAUGGGGUACAAAUGUUACAAAAUGGUAAAUAUCUUGUCAUUGUCGCUUUAAAGAUUGAUAAAAAAAAAGGUAUUAUCUUUUUCACAUAAAACACACAGCACCAGACUUUUUGUUUCAACUCAUUUUUUAAGGGUUGAAAUCUAAAUACUAUUUUUAAGUGUUACUAUUUUGGUAUUAAGUGUGUGUAAUUGUUGUGGGGUUUUUUUAGGUAAUAAAAUGGUGGAUGUUUGGAGUUUGUAUUUUUAUGCCCCGCAGUGAGCUGGUGUGUUUGUUCAGGAACCUCCUUUACAACCAAGAGUCUGACAGAAAGAACAUCACUCUUGACCAUCUGAGCAUGGAAGCAAAAACGACACGUUUCUAAUAGAAUAAACAGUCAUCGGGAGGUUAUGAGUAACGGCAUUAUUUCAGUUUUGGCUUUUGGGUUAAAAAUGCAUUGGUUAGCAUUCAUUCAACUGCAAGACUGCAGGUCAUAUCUCAGUUUUAUCAUUAGUUUUUCUAAGUAGAUAAUUAGCAGUUCUCACACAUCUGGCAUAUUGUAAUGGUAUGUAAUGUAAUGUGUAUUUAUUUUUGUAUGUUGAAUAAACUUUGUGCUAUUCAAUGA